AUGUCAGCAAUAGUGUUCCCUGAGCAUCUGCUUCCUGCCCAGGCGUCGAUAGCUCUCAUUGCAGGUGCGCAGCAAAGUCUCUACGAAUCGCAGGACACUCAACCCACGGCUGGGGUCGCUUCUCCUGUCGAGCUAGUCGUCAGUGACGCGAUUCGGAUUAACAAGCAGGUCAUAGCCUCGUUGGAGCGAGUGAACAAGGUGGAAGUGCAUUUCGCGGAGGCCAAAGCGUCGAUGUCAGUGCAAGAAGACAAGUUCCGUCAACUGGAAAGCAGCAGCAGCAGCCACCGCAGACUGGAAGUGUUGUGCGGCGUUGUGUACGAUCUUCAAUGCCAACUUAGUUCUCAUUCGUGUGGUAUGAGCGACACUCGCAAGCAGGAGCUGCUGGGAAAACUUGAUAGCUACGUGGAAACCUUGAUCUCUGAAGGUGAACAGACUUUGGAGGAGCGAGUUGUCGCGUUGCAGACUGGAUUGGAGAGUAUUCUCACUACACACGGACUCGCACCCCCAAGGCGGGCUGUAAAAAGUAAACCAGUAGCGUCCAGACUUGAGAACACUCCAACCUCGAAGCCCGUUGACCCAAACCACGACGAGAAUAAUGACACAGUUGGUAUGGACUGGGAGGACGACGGCUGGUUCGAGGAGAGUGCAGCUAUUGACAUGGUUAGCGACGAGGACCACGUGGAUGACGUCUCUCUAACGAAAAGCAGCUUGGAGUUCGAUGGCGAGUACCUGGCGGUGAAGCUGGAAGAAGACGCGUCUCUACGCUGGCCUCGAGAGCUGCCGCCGUUUGUUCUAUCGCUCUUAGCUCGUGUGAUCUCUUCGGACCCGCAAUCGUACGUUAUGAGGGCGACACACAAGCGACUCAUGGAUGAAAUCGCCAAGGGUGAUCCGUAUUAUUAUUUACACCCGACGAUUACAGCCAAGGAGACCGAGACGUCUUCGCCAUUGCCGUCGUCGCCCUCUCCGCCGUGUGAAUUUGGAUGUCGAGGCGCCUCAGCCCUGAAGUGGGAACGGAAGUUGGUGUCGCAGAUCAGCUCACGCAUGAAGUCGUUCGACAAUGUGGCGUACUCGUUGGCCCGUAGCAGCGGAGGCAAGGAGGUUCUUAACCGCAAGAAGAUGAACUCAAUCAUCCGGAAGUUGCAUCUCGUAGCGAUGCAAUUGCACUCACUGGUGUCUCAUUUGUAUUGUGUGAAGGGCCAAGCGACGUGUAAAGAGGUUGAUUCGCUUCCUGUUGCGCUGAAUAACUCGCACUUCGAGCGGAAGAUGGGCGUGUACAAGUCCAGACUGAAGCUGGUGGUGCCGCAUAAGUAUCAGCAGCAGACUCAGCAACAGCAAAGCAGUGUCAGUGAACCGGCUGAAGAGCUGCUGCGAGACACGUACGAGUUCUUCCCGGAGCUGCUUCUUUGCGUGGAUAUCUGGGGAUACAACUAUCGUGAGAGUCAGGCCAAGCGACACAACAGCAAGAGUUUACUGGGAGACGAACUUGCUGGCUCGGGUGCACUCUUCCCGCUCGGUUUUUUCCGUCGAGUGGAGAGCUUAGCGUUUGACUUUGAGCACGAUAGCAACGGUCUGCUGCGCUGCAUUUGCGACGAGCUGCUGAACAUCGUGUGUCUGUGGAACGAUUUCAAGUGGACUGACAAUUUGGAGACUGUGGCAUUGGAUCGCGUGAUAUCGUUCGAGACGGACGUGACGGCGAGUAUUGUGAAGAUCCUGGAACUCUACGCGCACCAUCUACAGGCGCUCUGGGCUGUACGCUUGUUGGACGAGCCGGAGCAGCUGCAAAGCGUCCACUUGACGCAGUUGAAUGCGUACUACAGUGACGGAAGUCAAGGCAGUUUGAACACGAGUGCUGCGUCUCGGUCACAGGCACCAAAGAGCCCAGGUGAUGGUCAUCACGACGCGAGCACUGUUGAUCGGUUGGUGGCGGACGAGAUAGCUGAGCAGCGUCUAGCUGAGGAGUAUUGGAACCGCAAGGUCACGGCGCUCUCUGUUCACAACCCAGACGACGACGCGAUGGACGUGGGCGAUGGCGACACGAAGUCUGCUCAACAUUUGAGUGCGGAGACGAUUUCUACUUGGGACCAGCAGACUUUGGUGUCGUAUUUAUUGCGCUGGAGUGACGUAUAUGCGAUCCGCAGUGACGUGAAUGCGCUCUCUGCUGUGACCAACCACAUGCUGAAGCACGAAGUACAGAAGUAUAAGUUUGCGAGUCGCGAGAAUAGCGGAAGUAAGACAGUGGUGGACUCGGCAACCAGACAUCUCCUUGCCGCUGUAAGUCGUGCGCAAAUGUUGAUCCGGGACGCGUUGAUUGGGUCCGAAAAGCUUGCGCUCCACUCUGCUUCGAGCCAGCUACCAGACGAGCGAAAGCACUCGAUGUAUGCUGAAGGAGAUGAGGUUGACGAGGACACGAGUUCUUCCAACAAGACUGCGGAAGACACGUCCUCGAAUGACGCCGCACACAGCAGCACUGUCUCGGACGCCACUCAUUGUUUGAACUCUGAGCAAACGAAUGCUACGAAUAGCCACAUGGAUGAAGAGACGAACGUAGACGCAUGUGUUACCCAAGAGCAACCUGAGCUGAAGGACCUGGUUCAGCUACUGGCAGUCACGAAGCAGGACAUGCAGGAGCUGUGUGGCCACCGACCGCGGUCUGCUCGUAUGCGCGAAAAGGUGCAGACCCAGUCGUUGCAGCUAGCACAACAGACAGUUGAGAUUUUCCGCAACAUCCGGAACAUGUACGAGUCACAGCGUCGAUGA